AUGGGCGAUGUAAUUAAUACCAUUGCCACUCAGUCCGUGCCUGAUGCCGUGGCUGGUCUGCGCAUCAUCGUCAUCAAGUUCACUGUUAUUGGAGCCAUCAUGUUUGUUAUGGCAUACGGACAGAUGUGUCUCUUCACUUUGGCGGCCGAAUCUCAAACUAAGCGCAUUCGCGAAAAAUAUCUCCAUGCGAUCCUUCGCCAAGACAUUACUUGGCACGAUGUUAGUAAAAAGAGCGAGUCCCUCAACUCGCGCCUUAGCGCAGAUACGCAAUUAGUCUUUGAUGGCCUUGCUGACAAAGUCGGCCUGUGUCUGAGCAGUCUUGCUACCUUCGUUGCAGGCUUCGUAAUUGCUUUUACUCACGGAUGGAAAAUGAGCUUGGUCCUUCUGACAUCUGUUCCCUUGAUGGCCGCUGUCGGCGCUCUCAUGGCCAAGUAUACUAUUAACUCAACUACAGAUGGUCAAGAUGCAUAUGCCAAGGCUGGCGGCCUAGCUGAACAGGCCAUUGGCUCGAUUCGCACUGUAGUGGCAUUUGAUGGACAGAACCGUGAGCUCAAGAAGUUCAAUGAAGUGCUGGCUGAUGCAUACAAGUCUGGCAUCAAGAAAGCCUAUGCCACUGGCCUCGGAAUGGGAGGAUUCAUGUUUGUCUUGUUUUGCAGCUAUGCUCUUGCAUUCUGGUAUGGCGCGAGAGAAGUCAAAGCAGGAAACAUGGACCCUGGUAAUGUCUUGGUCGUGUUAUUCGGUACUAUCAUUGGUGCAUUCUCCAUUGGAAAUGUAGGGCCCAACCUUUCUUUGUUCGCUAAAGCGCAAGCUGCUGCUUACACAAUUUUCAAGACUAUUGAUCGUGUUCCCGAAAUCGACUCGUUUGACCCUUCUGGCCUCAAGCCUGAAAAGUUGACUGGCCAUAUUGUCGUCAAAGAUGUUAAUUUUUCCUACCCUAGUCGUCCUAAUGUCCCUAUUCUCAAGAACAUGAACAUUGAGGUCAAGCCUGGUCAGACUGUUGCUUUGGUUGGUCAUUCCGGAAGUGGAAAAUCCACAAUCAUUGGUCUUCUUGAGCGUUUCUACGACCCUACUUCCGGAUCCAUCACCAUCGAUGGUAUCGCCCUGAAAGAUAUCAACGUUCGUCACCUCCGCGACACUAUUGGCCUUGUCUCUCAAGAGCCCGUGCUGUUCAAUGCUACGAUCAAGCAAAACAUUUUGUACGGAAUUCGUCAUGGUCAGAAAAUGCCCACCGACAAGGAGAUUGAGGAUGCCUGUCGCCUGUCGAACGCACAUGAUUUUAUUUCCAAGCUCCCCAAUGGAUACCAUACCAUGGUCGGUGAAAAGGGUGCCCUGUUGUCUGGGGGUCAGAAGCAACGCAUUGCUAUCGCCCGCGCCUUAAUCAAAAACCCUGCUAUCCUUCUGCUCGAUGAGGCCACAUCUGCUCUGGAUACAGAGUCCGAGCGCAUUGUUCAGGCUGCUCUGGACAAUGCUGCCACUGGUCGCUCAACAGUUGUGAUUGCCCACCGUUUAUCCACAAUCAUGAAUGCCGACUUGAUUUAUGUAAUGGAUCGUGGAGUUGUUUUGGAACAUGGUACCCACGCAUCUUUGAUGGCUCUUGGCGGUAUCUAUACUGAAUUUGUAGCCAAGCAGCAGCUGAAGACAGGAGGUGUUGAUGUUGAGGCCCCCGUGACUGCAGCAGUUGAAAAGUCCGAUAAACCUGCUACAUCCAGUGCUAGUGGUCCUCAUAUUGCUAUUGCUGACCCUGUUGCUCCUGAAGGUGCGCCACGCUCUGGUCGUAGGAUGAGUCAUCUUCUCCGCCGCAAAUCGUCCCAACAUUCCGUCACCCGCUCUGAGAAAUCCGCUGAUGGCUCUGUUGUUCUAAACAUCCCAGAAGACAAAGAAGCAUCACUCGCUCGCGAGAAAAAAGAGGCUUCUAGAAGGCUCAAAAUGCAGAAGGCUCCCAUUGCUCGCACUAUCCGGUAUAUGAAAGAUGAUGCUGUUUAUUUCGCUUUUGGCGUAUUCUUUGCCAUCAUUCAAGGAGGAUUGUUCCCUGCAUUCGCUCAAAUCUUCGCGAAAGCUCAAACGACACUUACUGAGUUUUAUAAGCUUGGAGAUGAAUUCAUCCCUAAAGCCAACAUGUGGGCGCUCUGGUUCUUCAUCUUGGCCAUUAUUGGUUUUACUGGCUUCUGUGGAGGCAUGAUCAUGUUCUUGAUUGUUGGCGAGCGUAUGACCCGCCGUAUGCGUUACCUGAGCUACAAAUCGAUCCUUAGUCAAGAGAUGGCGUUCUUUGACCGCCCUGAAAAUUCUACAGGUGCCCUUGCUAGUCGUCUUGCAACAGAUUCUCAACAGAUGUUUGAUAUGGUCUCACAAGUCAUCCUCACCUCGGUCUCAUCCUUGGCUACUAUGGCAGUUGGUCUUGGUUUCGCAUUCUCUUCUACCUGGGAAAUGACUCUGAUCAUUCUUGCUGCUGUUCCCGUCAUUGGUCUUGGACAGUACCUCGAAAUUGCUGCCCUGAGUGGAUUUGGCGAGAAGACUCGCAAGGCUUAUGAAAAAUCUGGCCAAGUCGCUGGCGAGGCUAUCUCUAAUAUCCGUACUGUAGUUUCACUUGCAAAAGAGGAAACGUUCGAGGCUCGUUACUUUGAGGUCACUAAGGAGCCUCAUAAGUACGCUCGCAACAAAGCUGUCUUUGCAUCCUUUGGAUUUGCUAUGUCUCAAGCUGUCGCAUACUGGUCCUAUUCUAUUGGCUUUUAUGGUGGCUAUCGCUUGAUCGAGAAUGGCAUCAUCACCUACGAGCAAAUGUUCACAUGCAUGUUCUCGGUCGUCUUUACUGCCAUGAGUCUGGGACAUAUCACAUCUGAGCUACCCAAGUAUGCCAAGGGCAAGCAGUCAGCCAUCAAUAUCUAUGAACUUCUCGACAAGGAUACGACUAUUGAUGCUGACCGUGAUGGCAUCAAGCUCGAUAGGAUCAACGGCUCCUUGGGAUUGGAAAAAGUUGACUUUACUUAUCCCACACGCAAGAAUAUCCAAAUCUUCAAUCAUGUUGAUAUCAACGUCAAACCCUCUCAGACUGUUGCUUUGGUUGGCCCUUCUGGAUGUGGAAAAUCUACCAUUAUCGCAUUGUUGGAGCGCUGGUAUGAAGCGGAUGGUGGUAAGGUCAUUAUUGACAAUCAUGACAUUCGCGACCUGCAAUUGCACAAUAUUCGCAAUCAUAUGGCUUUAGUUGGACAAGAGCCUGUUCUUUUUGAUAUGACGAUCAAGGACAACAUCUUGUAUGGUCUUCCAGAGGGCGAAGGAACAAUGGAGCAAGUGUAUGAGGCAGCCAAGUUGGCCAACAUCCACAACUUUGUCAUGUCCCUGCCUAAUGGCUACGAUACCGGCGUUGGAGAUAAGGGAUCUCAGCUCUCUGGCGGCCAGAAGCAGCGUAUUGCGAUUGCACGUGCGCUGAUCCGAAACCCUAAAGUGUUGCUUUUGGAUGAGGCCACAUCUGCAUUGGACUCUGAAUCUGAAAAGUUGGUGCAAGAGGCUUUGGAUAAGGCACGGUAUGGGCGCACGACCAUUGUAAUUGCACACCGUUUGAGCACUAUCCAGGAUGCGGACUUGAUCCUUGUUGUGAAAGGCGGCACGAUUGUGGAAUCUGGACGACAUUAUGAAUUGGUUGCUCUUGGUGGGGUUUAUGCGGAUCUCUGCCAAAAGCAAAACUUGUAA